AUGUCUAAACGAAAAGGAAUUUCUUUUGAAGAAAAACGUAUAAGAAUGCUUGAAUUGUUUUAUGAAAAAAGAGAAUUUUUUACUUUGAAAGAACUAGAAAAAAUUGCAACUAAAGAAAAAGGAAUUGUUGCACAAGCAGUAAAAGAUGUAUUACAAACGCUGGUAGAUGAUGGAUUAGUAAGAUCAGAAAAAAUUAGCACUUCUGUAUAUUUUUGGACUUUUCCAGGAGAAAAUAUUACUGCAGUAGAGCAAAGAAUAUCUGAAGCAUCAAAAAAAAUAGUAGAGGCAGAAUUUAAACUUCAAAAAUUGAAAGACGCUUGUGAAAAAGAAAAGAUAGGAAGAGAAAAUACAGAGGAAAGACAAAUUUUGUUACGUGAACUGGAAGAAUUAAAAGCUAAAGAGGAUCAGUUAAAACAACAAAUUGCUAAAUUUAGUGAUGCUGAUCCAGAAGUUAUAGCUAAGAUUGCUGAAAAAGCACAGAAAUAUAAAGAAGCUACAAAUAUAUGGACGGAUAAUAUUUUUGCUAUUCAAAGUUGGUGUAAAAAUAAAUUUGACAUAUCUGAAGGAUGUCUCAAUAAACAGUUCAAUAUUCCUGAUGAUCUAGAUUACAAAGAAUAA